CGUACGGUUGUAAAAGGAUUUUUACCUGCGCCAAUCUGAGCGAGGACGGGCCAGAGCCGUCCACUGAUGUCGGAUGGACCGCGCGGUAUCUUUGACUCCAGUUCUAGAAGUUUAAUAUCUCCCAACUCCCGCUGAGUUUUUAAAUUAUUGAAAGAGCAGGCAGUUGCUGCUGUUGCUUUUUUUACGCACUGUCAUUUUUUUCUCAAGCGCAAUUUUUUUAGACUCGCUAAAUAAUGCAUGUCGUUGUAUGCCCGAUACUUUUAGUCCGUAACUGACAAAGGGGUUCCCUUGUGAAACGAGCAGAUCCCUCGCAACGUUUUUUUUUUCUUCUGUGUUUUUUUUCAGGAUGUCCAACAGACUUGCAUGUUUAAAAGUAAACGAGGAUCUGCUUUCAAUGCCACUAGUGUCUUGCAGCACGGGGAGACCUGCUGGAUGCUAAUGUCAUCCACGCAGUUGAGCAUUCUUUGGAAAUGCCAGCAGGAAACAGUUCUGCUUAGCGCAUCGGUUUAACUGAAGCUGAAGAGCGACCAUCCCUGGGAUAACGAGAAAUCACUUACGAGACGGGUAUCGCUUCGGCAUUUUUUUUUCAAGAGAUUUUGUUUCCAAGUAAACAGCGUUUUUGAUGUCGGGCACGCACGCAGUGCGCAUGCGUCGCUCUGCUCGGAAUUAUUGCACUGCCUGGGACUAAGUUGCAUUCCUUGAAUCUUCCCUCAAAGACAUUUCUUUUAAUCAAAGUUAGGAAUGUGGAGAGUUCAAGACCGUGGAUGUUUUGGGUUUUUAUCAUUUCCAAUGAUGGUGGCCAUGGUCUGCUGUGCACAGAGCGUUAAUGAGCCCAGCAACAUGUCAUAUGUGAAAGAAACCGUGGAUAAAUUGCUCAAGGGAUACGACAUUCGCUUAAGGCCUGAUUUUGGAGGUCCUCCUGUAGAUGUUGGAAUGAGUAUAGACAUCGCCAGCAUUGAUAUGGUUUCAGAAGUCAAUAUGGAUUACACACUCACAAUGUACUUUCAGCAGUCAUGGAGGGACAAAAGGCUUUCUUAUUCUGGAAUACCUCUCAACCUAACUUUAGAUAACAGAGUGGCAGACCAGCUAUGGGUGCCUGACACCUACUUCCUCAAUGACAAGAAAUCCUUUGUGCAUGGAGUUACUGUUAAGAACAGAAUGAUCCGGUUGCAUCCUGAUGGGACUGUUCUCUAUGGCCUCAGAAUCACCACAACUGCAGCCUGCAUGAUGGAUCUUCGUAGAUAUCCACUUGAUGAGCAGAACUGUACCUUGGAAAUUGAGAGCUAUGGCUACACCACUGAUGAUAUUGAGUUUUAUUGGAAAGGAGGCGACAGUGCAGUGACUGGAGUCUUUGAUAUCGAACUACCACAGUUCUCUAUUGUGGAUUAUAAAAUGCUGUCCAAAAAGGUAGUGUUUGCAACAGGCUCAUAUCCCAGGCUUUCUCUGAAUUUUCAGCUGAAAAGAAACAUUGGAUAUUUCAUUCUACAGACCUAUAUGCCUUCAACUUUAAUCACCAUUCUGUCUUGGGUUUCCUUCUGGAUUAACUAUGAUGCCUCUGCUGCACGAGUUGCCCUGGGCAUAACUACGGUGCUGACUAUGACAACCAUCAGUACUCAUCUCAGGGAGACAUUGCCCAAGAUUCCUUAUGUAAAAGCAAUUGAUAUUUACCUAAUGGGAUGCUUCGUAUUUGUGUUUCUGGCACUUCUUGAAUAUGCCUUUGUAAACUACGUAUUCUUUGGAAGAGGACCCCAACUUCAAAAAAAGGCAGCAGAAAAAGCUACCCAGGCUAAUAAUGAAAAGAGCAAACUGGACACUAACAAAGUUCAAGUUGAUGCCCAUGGAAACAUCUUGUUAACCACCCUAGAAAUUAGGAAUGAAGUCAGCGGCUCUGAGGUGUUAACAAGCAUAAAUGACCCCAGAGCCACAAUGUUCUCCUAUGACAGUGCAAGCAUCCAGUACAGAAAACCUGUCACCAGUCGGGAUGUGUACGGGAGAAGUGCUGCAGACAGACACCUGCCACACAAAAAGGGACGCUUAAGGCGAAGAGCAUCCCAGAUCAAAAUUAAGAUUCCUGACUUGACUGACGUUAACGCCAUUGACAAGUGGUCUAGGAUCAUCUUUCCUAUCACAUUUACUUUUUUUAAUGUUGUCUACUGGCUUUAUUAUGUGCACUAGGUUGUCCCAAGUAUUUUUCCAUGUAUUUUCCCUUCAAGGACUGCAGGUGGGAUACAGCUGCAAAAUGAAGGUAAGGUAUUCAGCCAUUGUGUGAAUGUGCAUAUGUGUCUGCAUGAGAAAUAUGGUGAGAGAAUUGCUAGAAGUUAAGAUUCUUGUUUUCUUUCUUCAGUAACCGUUUAUAAGAAAAAAAAAAAAAAGAAACUCUUUCAACAGCUUUAACUUUCAUACACAAUUUGUUGGAAUCCCAACAAAGACGAAUUACCUGUGGCUUCAGGUCUUUUAUAAGCAAUGAAGCCUUACAAUUUUUGCAUUCAAUAGAGUGCAAAAAUAUAAGCCAUUUACUUAACGUUUUAAUAGAUGACACAGAAUGCUUGACAUCCUCAUUCAAAGACUUAUUAUCUACAAACAAGAGACAUUCAUCUGUCUUGCAUAUGUCCCCUCUUUAUGUUCUUAAGGAAGAGACACCUGAGCCACUUUUGAAUCCGUCUUGGCGUAUGCAUGAAGCAUGUGCAUUCUCAUUCAAGGUGUCUCAAGUUAAGCGUUGUUUUUUAUUUUUCUCUUCACUUUUGCCAAAGUGUAUUACUCAGAAGUUGUUUUGGUAAUUGAAGAUACUAUAUCAUAUUUGUCCUUAGUCUACAGAAAUUAAACUGAGAUGUGCUUAUAUCAAAGAAUGAGAUAUGGAUCAGAAUAAUUAUAUAUAUAUAUAUAUAUAUAUAUAUAUAUAUAUAUAUAUAUAUAUAUAUAUACCCAUUUUUGAAAUGCAGGUUUCUCAAAAGUAAAUCAGGUAAAAAAAAAUUUACAAAAAUUAUUACGCUAGUAUAUUGUGUGGCCUCUCUUAAAAGCCUUCUUAACUCAUGCACCUUACAAAAUGAAUCCCAGCCACUUAUCCAACCAAGUAAGCAUACCUCAAGAUGAAAUGCAAUGCUGAUGUGGAAAUAGUUCAGUCCCCUAAAGCUUUGAGUUCUUCUAUCACCUUUUAAGUACAAGAAGUGUAAACUCCCAGCAUGCAUCAUUGUAAUUAACAGUGGAUUGCUUGCAGCUGUAAGUAUCCUACAUUCCUCUUCAGUUUUACAGCUUUAUAGACACAAUAGCACAGUGAUACCAGAAUUUUUAUUAGAUGCGGCUCCUUUUGGAAUGGCUUGAUUUAAUUACCAAGCAUGUGUUCUGCUGGAAGGGUCUAAGUCUUACAAAGAGAUGACAGCCUAAUACUAUUACAGCUGUAGGCUGCAUUAAAAAAGCCAUUAAGAUGCAGAAUUGGAUUACAUAUUUCCCGUACGUUCUGUUGCAGAGGAUGAUUUUGACACAAUUGCAGAACUGAAAUGUACAUCUUUCUGUCCUUUUUUCCUGAUCACAGCUUCACGUACUUGUGUGUAUAUGGACUGGCUUAUCUCAAUUUAUUUUUUUUUCCUAUGACAGUGCUGAUAUUUUUAUAAUUUCCAAGAAGAUUGCAUACAUGUAAAUACCUUGUGAGGUGUGACUAUUGAAGAUGGUGCACCAGUUGUCACAAAAGAGCAAGAAAAUGCAAACAGGUGUUUCUUUCAUUAAAAGAUGCAUGCUUCGCUUCUCAUGGCUGAAUAUUGUGCCUUUGAACAAGAAUUACAAUGUUUCAACAGGGUUAUUCUUAUUACUAGCAUACAGAGUCACAACCACUACACUUGUACAACGUCAUGAUCUACAUUACCAUUCAAAAUAGUUAUCUUAACAUUCCAACAUUAUGAUGACAAUCUGUAAAUAGAGAGAAAAAUAUCUUAUCCACUGUAAUAUUUUCUACUAGAAAAGAAGUAAAGUUAAAUAAAAUGGCUUGAGACACUGUACUUAACUCAAAAUAUCCUGUUGUCAGAAUAACUCCUGCACCUCCAAAGUAUUAUCAACAGGACAUAAUGAAGGAAUCGUUCGAUAGGUGCUGAACAGAUUUGUAUGAGGCUGUAUUGAUGGAUUUGCUGGAAAAAUUGAAUUAUUUUGGUAUACUUUUGGGUUUGAAUCGUUCUCAUCUGCUUAACUGGGAAUGAGACCACAUUUAAGAAGGUGUGCCACUACCAUAUGGGUUUAUUCCAUUAUCGUAAAAUACAAUUGUAAGUGUAAAGUCAUUAUUCCUGUUUAAAGACUGUGCAGAGUGGGCAAGGGCUUGGCCCACAUUCAUUCAGCCAUUUAGGAUCAAUGAUAUUAGAAUAAUUUUCUCUUCAUUGUGCUGUCCCAUUUCAGUUUUACACUAAGGUGACCACCGUGUUCCAGUUUUGCAACAUCACUAUUGUAUCUGGUGUCCGCACUCAUCACUUUAUUAAUUGAUUGGACAGUUUCAGUUUGCUUAAUUAACUUACAAUUAGACUGAUAAAUGUAGCCCUUCUGAAAACAACAUUCAAAAUGUUCUUAGAUGUCACUGGUAUGCUUUUUAGAUGGCUCACUUGUAUCUCAAUCUUUAAACAAAGCAAAAUAUUUCUUGCUUUAAAAAUUUGAUCCAGAAACAUGUGUGGACUGACAUUUGAGCUUGACAGUUGGCAUUUAAAAAUCUCUCCAAUCUGUGCCUGAAUUUUCUUGUAUGUAAGAACAACUCAGUAAUAAAUAAUCAGGAAACUCCCAGAUGGAGGAUGGGAAGCAUAUUUUGAAGGGAAUCAGCAGUGACAAAACCCAGAAAAGAGUAACCAGAAAGAAUGGAGCCAGUGUGUCUGCAUAGUGUGUCUUCUUUUUAAAGAUUAAUAAUCUGGAUAAUUUGAGUUUCUUCACUGAUCUCUGAAUAAAAGAUGGAUUUGAAGUAAUUGUGGCCUAGAUCUAGGGUGGCAGGCAGACCUUAGAAAGCCAUAAUGGUGUCUGACUUUCAUUCCAAACAUGCUUUGUUUUUGGUUGCUUUAUGAACUUUUAUCUAUUUAUCGUCCAGUGAGAUUUUUACUUACCGUCGAAAUUCAGAAAAACCCUUAUGCUGCUUUGUCGUGCUAUGGGAAUUUUUAGAGAUAAUGUUUUUGACAUCAUACAUUUAUUUGGUUUUGAUUUGCUGCUCAAUCUACACAAAGUUCAAAUAAACGAUUAAUCGUAAAAGAAAAAGCCAAGGAAAUGAAUUAGGCAUCUCUUUAAAUAAAAUGACAUAAUGUUCAUUUUUAUUGUAUAUAAUAACUAGCUGAUUACCCAGUGGCUUCG